GGAGUUGCUUUCUAAAAUGCUUCGUGAUCCCACAGCGCGCAGGCCUCCGAGACUAGCGCCCACCGCGCCAUAUUCGAUGUUUUCCGCAGCGCCCAGAUGGCGCACGCUAUUCUACCAAUUCGAAGAACACGUCGCUCGGUGUCUCCUAGCCGGUUUCUAUUCUUUUUUUUUUUUUUUGUUUCUUUGCAACAACAUGGCUGCGCCCACAUGAACGCGUUGUUGUUGUCGUCGUCGCUCUUUGGUGGAUUGCCUCCGACGCGGUUUGUGUACUACAAAGGUCGGCGUUUCUUUUGUUUUCGGCGCAUGCCCGCGCACUGGCUGCCAACGGCGCAUAAUACGAUAUUCGCCUUCUGGGUCGUGGAGGGGUGAAAGAGCGCGAAUGCCUACUACCGCGGCGACGUCAUCGGCGGCGGCUUCGUCGGCCAGUUCGAAUUCACGCGGCUUCUCGACGCACCAGUUCUCGCGCCACUUCAACGGCAACAGCGUGCACUUUCUCGUGCUUCGCAUGGACUCCAGCUUCUUCCUCUGGGUGGGUUCGCAGAGCGGGUGCCUUAAGAACCUCUCGGUCGCCAUGUCGACGGCCUUCGAGAAGGCGCCCACGGCAAGCUGCCUGAUGGGCGACGCUUCGGACCUGACGUCCAACGCGCUCGCCGCGAAGCUGACCAAGCGAACUGGAUGCCAAGUGUUCGUCAGCUACAACGUCCCUGCCACCGAUGCGGCGACGGUGAACUUUGUGCACGAGUGCAUCGUCGAGGAGAUGUCGCUGAAGCCGGACAAGUUUCAUUAAAAGCCGGUGCAUAAAUUUAA